GGAAGAAAGUCGUAUCCUUCCUCUUCUGCUGGAAAUACAAGUAGUAGCAGCAUUGGUGGUGGUUGCAGUCAUUCAACGACCAUGUCGUCGACGGAAGCAAAGAAAGCGACUAGAUUUGUAGAUAGUGAUUUAAGAGAGGGUGAUUUAAUUUUUGUCAAGUUGGAUGGUUGCCCAUAUUGGCCUGCAAAGGUUAUUUCUCCACACUCAACCAAAAUUCCAAAAAGUAUGAGAGAAGAAAUUCUUGAAGGCAUGGAAGAUGAAGAUGGAACAAGUUCUCUUAUAGAAUUUUUUGGAGAUGACAAAUCCAAAUAUUAUUGGAUGGAUAGAGUUGUAGAAAUUUAUACAAGAAAUCCAGCAGUGAUAACAAAUGAAAUGACGAGAAAAAACAAAAAAUUGGCAGAGGCUAUGCGUCAAGCAAAUUCUUAUUCGGAAAAAAGCUCUACAGAUGAUAAGCAAACAAUACAACAAAGAAGGAGUAGUUUCUCUGAUAAGAAUUUAACCAUUUCUACACCACCAUCGAAAAAAAGAAAGGCUGUAGAGAUUGACUCGAAGAAAAAAUCCAAAGUUGUAAUUGAUUCAGAUUCUGAAGAUGACAAUGAGGAAGAAGAAUUAUCUGACGAAGAUGAUAAUGUCUCUGAUUAUAGCUCUGAUGGAGAAAAGAGAAAUAAUGACAACUUGGAGGAAGAAGAAUAUUCAUUUUCUGAAGAGGAAGAAGAGGAAAAACCUAAACCUGUAAAGAGAAAAAUCAAAAGGACAAAAGUAGAAGAAGUUGACAAAAAUACUUGUCACAAAUGUGGAAAGUAUUACAAAGUUACUGUUCAAUGUACAAAUGAUGAAUGUGGAAAAGUAUUAUGUAAAAAGUGUUGUGGCAAUCCUAGACUGGAUAAGAAAUAUUUUGAGGACUGGUUGUGUUCUGAUUGUAAAGUUUGUACCAUGUGCGAGAAGAAGACUUGUCCCAUAACUCAGGGAAAUGAAACAAGUAGAGGUCUAUAUACGUGUACGAAAUGUGAUAUCUCAUAUCAUGUAAAUUGCCUAGCUGGGGAAGGUACCUAUGUGUUAUACAAUGGAUCUCUGAUAUGUCCAGAAUGUACAGAAAAGAAAUUAGAAUGGCUGGAAAGAAGAGGAGAAAAAGAUCCUGAAGUAUACGAUUUCUUAUUUGAAACAGAAAAGAAAGACUAUUCAAUGAAAAAUGUAAAGGUUUCAGAUAUGGAAGAUGAUGAAGAGGAAGAACAGGAAGAGGAGGAUGAAGAGGAAGAAGAUAAGAAAGCAACUAAUGAAAAUUCUGAAAAAUCUGAAAAGGUUGUUGCAGUCUAUUCUACUGCUCCAGAGCUAGUGAAAAAGGUUGAAGAUGAAGAAGAACCACUUUCCUUAAAUGUUUCGAAUGAAAUGGAAAAGGCACUUCAAUGCUUUGAAAAGAAAGAAGAGGAUUCUCCAAAGAAGAAAUCACCAAAAUGUGGAAAAGCAAGCAAACACAAGUCUUCUCCACUUGGUCAAUUCACCGAGAAUAUUGAAAAUCCACCAUUAACACCACCUCCACAACAACAACAACAACCUGUCUGUGUCAAGAAAGAAUGUCAUACAUGUUCAUCAACUGAAAAGAAAUUUUCCAGUCCUUCUUCUGAAUCCCCUGUUGAUAGCAAAAGACUUCCAACCUCAGGAAAGAGUAGAAAGGCUACUAAGGUACGCCAUAGAGUUUCUGAAUCUUCAGAAAGUAGUGGAAAUCUUGGUAUUGCAUCCUCACCAAAGGAAGCUGAUUCUUUCAAUACCAGUCCAACAGCAAGUCCUCCUACUACUCCACUUUCUGGUCAACUUUCUGAAAAUGAGAUUACCCUUUUUAUCAAAUGUGCACUGGAUGGUUCAACAGAUUAUACAAAACGAGUGCGGGUUUCAAAUCAAAUAGAUGUUUCACAACUCAAAAACAUUACAAAGAGCAUUGUUUUAAAGAUGAAAAAGUCAACCAUGUUGGAUGCACACAAGUUAUUUUUGAAGAAUGUUGACAGAUUUGGUCAUGAAGUGUUACUAAAUCUUGAUGACGAUUUCUUCCAAAAUGACAAGCUACAGAAUAAUGAUGUUCUGGUAAUGCAAUUUUAAUACAUUUUUGAUUUCUC